AUGGUUGCGGCGGCGCAGCGACAGCGAGGGCUCGCGCUGGGGCCGGUGGGGAGGCUCGGCGUCCACAGGAGCAGGGAGGCGGGCCAUGCGGGCUCGGUCGCGGGCGGAGGCGGAGCAGAGCAGGGGAAAACAGGGGCAGGGAUCGCGGCGUGCGGGGCCCCUGGGGACCUAGCGGGCGAAACGGGCAGUGAGCACCCGGGCGUUUGCACCCGAAGGGCAGACCCGGGGCGCCGCGGGGUGCCGGAACUGGCCGCCGGCGUGGCCGCGGCCUGCGGGGCCAGAGGCGGAGGCGGGGCACGGGACGACGGCGCCAACACCAGGGACGGCGACGAGCGCGACGUGGUAGGGGGAAGGCAGCGGUGGGCGACGAAGUGCGGGUGUGCGUGCGCACGGCGGUUGCGGUGGCGCAGCGACAGCGAGGGCUCGCGCCGGGGCCGGUGGGGAGGCUCGGCGUCCACAGGAGCAGGGGAGGCGGGCCAUGCGGGCUCGGUCGCGGCCGGAGGCGGAGCAGAGCAGGGGAAAACAGGGGCAGGGAUCGCGGCGUGCGGGGUGAGCGAGGGAGACGGGUAG